GAAAACAUGAAGUGAGACGAUAUCGAAGAGGAGAAUCUCAGGGAACAGUGGUUGCAGGUGGUAAUGGGCGUGGAAACCGUCUCGAUCAACUCUCUGACCCACAAUACGUAUUCGUCGAUCGAGAUCAUUCAGUGUACGUGUCUGAAUGGGGAAAUCAUGGUGUGAUGAAAUGGAUGGAAGUUGCAAAACAAGGCAUUGUCGUGGCUGGUGGUCAAGGAAAAGGAAAUGGUCUUACACAAUUGUCAUAUUCUCAAGGAGUCGUUGUCGAUGAAUUGGGCACUGUCUAUGUGGCUGAUGCAGGGAAUGAUCGAAUCAUGCGUUGGCCCAAAGGAGCCACACAGGGAAGUGUCAUUGUUGGUGGAAACGGAAAAGGAGAACAAUCGAACCAACUCAAUUGGUCCAUUGGUUUGUCAUUCGAUCGCCACGGUAAUCUCUAUGUCGUCGAUUACGGAAAUCAUUGA